AUGCCUCGCAAUCCGGAUACCGACCCUGCAAGCGAUGCGAGCCAUGUAAUGAUGACUGGAGCAGAGACAGCAGCAGUCGCAAGAUUGCACAUCAGGCGCGCGCUAUGA